UUGCCAUUCCCUUCCGGCUUCCCCUUUGGUGAAGUGCCCAAGCUCUGAGAUCAACGGAGGGAGAAGAAGAAACCAGACACCACCAUGAACGCCCCUGAUCGUUACGAGCGAUUCGUCGUCCCUGAAGGCACAAAGAAGGUUUCAUACGAACGAGACACGAAAAUCAUAAAUGCAGCUUCCUUCACAGUAGAGAGGGAAGACCACACUAUCGGAAACAUUCUUCGCAUGCAGCUUCACAGAGACGAGAAUGUCCUCUUCGCUGGUUACAAGCUUCCGCACCCUCUUCAGUACAAAAUCAUUAUUAGGAUUCACACUACCAGUCAGUCUUCACCAAUGCAGGCUUAUAAUCAAGCUAUCAAUGAUCUAGACAAGGAACUUGACUAUCUGAAGAAUGCAUUUGAGGUUGAGCUGGCGAAGCAUUCUAGGGAAUACUAAUUUGCUUUCAAGGAAGCUGUCCUAGUUUCUACAAGUGCUCAGAUGGUGAGUCCUCAUGGAAACCUAAAGGGAUUGCUUUAAUUCUGUUGCUUGUAUUUAGGCAACUUCUUUGUAAGAUGUUUUGUCAGAGCGUUAAUGAAGUUCCCAUUCUGGAUUUGUUUCCUAAGAACCCAUGCAACUCUAUUUGUCAGUGAAAAUGAAAUUUAUGCUUAACAAUACUAUUAGGUUUAUAUUGACAAA